UCUCUACUUUCAAAAGGCCACUGGCUUCCUACUAACACCAUUCCUUACACCGCCGUCUCUGACCAUUUCGUUUACUCCGAACUGAAAAUGUGUCCACACGCCAACGGCGACUCUCUCGCAAGCGAUCCCUCUCAGAUGGUGGCUGUAGACAUGUCCAAUGGCUCCUCCACCCACUCUUCUUCCGUUAAGACGAACGGGGUGAACGGCCGUAUGAACGGUGUAAACGGGGCGGCCAAGGCAUUAGAGCAGCAGCGACGAAACCCGUAUGCUCCCCGUGCAUCUGAUUUUCUGAGCAAUGUAUCCAACUUCAAGAUCAUCGAGAGUACCCUGCGAGAGGGUGAACAGUUCGCCAACGCGUUCUUUGACACCAAGACUAAAAUCGCCAUCGCGAAGGCGCUUGAUGCCUUCGGUGUUGAGUACAUCGAGCUCACAAGUCCUGUUGCUUCCGAGCAGUCAAGACUGGAUUGUGAGGCUAUUUGCAAGCUCGGCUUGAAGGCUAAGAUCCUCACUCACAUCCGUUGCCACAUGGACGACGCUCGGAUCGCGGUCGAGACCGGCGUGGAUGGUGUCGAUGUCGUUAUUGGAACCUCUUCCUUCUUGCGGGAAUUCUCCCAUGGAAAGGAUAUGGCUUAUAUUACCAAGACCGCGAUUGAGGUGAUCAACUUCGUGAAGAGCAAGGGCAUCGAAGUCCGGUUCUCGUCAGAAGAUUCGUUCCGAUCUGACUUGGUUGAUCUGCUCUCGAUCUAUCAAACUGUCGACAAAAUCGGUGUCAACCGGGUUGGCAUCGCUGAUACUGUUGGCUGCGCCAACCCUCGUCAGGUGUACGACCUCGUGCGCACCCUUCGCGGGGUUGUCGGCUGUGAUAUCGAAAUUCACCUACACAAUGACACCGGCAUGGCUAUUGCAAAUGCCUACUGCGCUCUCGAGGCUGGUGCAACGCACAUCGACACGUCUGUUCUCGGUAUCGGCGAACGUGUCGGCAUCACCCCACUCGGCGGUCUCGUAGCGUGCCUGUACUCCGCGAACCCCGAAUACGUCAAGAGCAAAUACAACUUGUCGAUGCUCCGUGAGAUCGAGAACCUGGUUGCCGAGGCGGUCGAGGUCAAUGUACCGUUUAUGAACCCGAUCACUGGGUACUGCGCUUUCACACAUAAGGCCGGUAUCCACGCUAAGGCUAUCCUCAACAAUCCGUCGACAUACGAGAUCUUGAAGCCUGAGGAUUUUGGUCUCACGAGAUACGUCUCCAUCGGCCACAGGCUGACAGGCUGGAAUGCCGUCAAGAGCCGUGUAGAGCAGCUUGGUCUCAAGCUCACCGACGAGGAGAUCAAGGAUGCGACAGCCAAGAUUAAGGAGCUCGCUGACGUCCGCACGCAAUCGAUGGAUGACGUCGAUUCGCUUCUCCGCGUGUAUCACUCAGGCAUUCAGUCCGGUCAACUCGCGGUCGGACAGAAGGAGGCGCUCGACCGCCUUCUCCGCAAGCACCGUGAGGGCACGAUGGACAGCCGCGAGGCAUCUCUCAGCAGACCCCCGAGCCCGGCGCCGGUCGCUGCAUGAGCGCGCUUCGUUUGCCCAUAUAGGAAAAGGUCCAUGUAGAUAUGGUGGUGUCCACUAGCUCUAUAUGUUCAAAAAAGGCAGCGUUGCAGACUUUCCGUGCGCUGUGCUUCUACUCUGUCAGUAGCUCGCGGUGCCUGACAGAUGUAAUUGCUGUUCCUCAGUUUACUCGUGUGCAAUUCUGCUCCGGCGUACGCUACGCUCCGUAUGCGACUUACCUCAUGUUCGGACUGAUACUCGUGUAAAUUAAGCUUAGCUUGUAUGAAUGUACGAUAGCAAAUGCCAAUAGCUAAGACGCUAUUGACACCACGUUGAAAUAUACAAAUAGAUCUGUCAAUGGUG